CUGAGACAGGUGGUGGAGUGAGUUCAGAUCUAGCGCUGAGACGAGGUGGUGGAGUGAGUUUACAUCUAGCGCUGAGAGGAGGUGGUGGAGUGAGUUCAGGUCUAGCGCUGAGACAGGUGGUGGAGUGAGCUCAGGUCUAGCGCUGAGACGAGGUGGUGGAGUGAGUUCAGAUCUAGCGCUGAGACAGGUGGUGGAGUGAGCUCAGAUCUAGCGCUGAGAGGAGGUGGUGGAGUGAGUUCAGAUCUAGCGCUGAGACGAGGUGGUGGAGUGAGUUUACAUCUAGCGCUGAGACAGGUGGUGGAGUGAGUUCAGAUCUAGCGCUGAGACAGGUGGUGGAGUGAGCUCAGAUCUAGCGCUGAGACGAGGUGGUGGAGUGAGUUCAGAUCUAGCGCUGAGACAGGUGGUGGAGUGAGCUCAGAUCUAGCGCUGAGACGAGGUGGUGGAGUGAGUUCAGAUCUAGCGCUGAGACGAGGUGGUGGAGUGAGUUCAGAUCUAGCGCUGAGACGAGGUGGUGGAGUGAGUUCAGAUCUAGCGCUGAGAGGAGGUGGGGAGUGAGUUCAGGUCUAGCGCUGAGAGGAGGUGGUGGAGUGAGUUCAGAUCUAGCGCUGAGACAGGUGGUGGAGUGAGUUCAGAUCUAGCGCUGAGACGAGGUGGUGGAGUGAGUUUACAUCUAGCGCUGAGAGGAGGUGGUGGAGUGAGUUCAGAUCUAGCGCUGAGACAGGUGGUGGAGUGAGCUCAGGUCUAGCGCUGAGACGAGGUGGUGGAGUGAGUUCAGAUCUAGCGCUGAGAGGAGGUGGUGGAGUGAGUUCAGAUCUAGCGCUGAGACGAGGUGGGGAGUGAGCUCAGGUCUAGCGCUGAGACAGGUGGUGGAGUGAGCUCAGAUCUAGCGCUGAGACAGGUGGUGGAGUGAGCUCAGGUCUAGCGCUGGGCUGGGUGGAGCGCUCAGCACGAGGACAGAGCGGAAGGGUCAGCGUCUGUAAGCUGUUCAGCGCAAGGAAAGGACAGCCCCAGAGAACAAGUUGGAAACCCUUGGGCCAGGGUGGAGCUUUCCCAGUAUGAACGCACACCUGAGGCUGCGGAAGACUGGCUUUGAAAUUUACAAACCAUGGAGACGACUCAAGAAACUGUACAAAGAAUUCUUCUAGAGCCCUACAAGUACUUGCUUCAAUUACCAGGUAAACAAGUAAGAACCAAACUCUCACAGGCAUUUAAUCACUGGCUCAAAGUUCCUGAAGACAAACUGCAGACUAACAGUGACCGAUCCUCCUACCCCAGCCUCCCAAGUGCUGGAAUUACAGAGAUUAUCAUUGAAGUGACAGAAAUGUUGCAUAAUGCCAGCUUACUCAUUGAUGAUAUUGAAGACAACUCAAAACUCCGCCGUGGCUUUCCAGUGGCACACAGCAUCUAUGGAAUUCCAUCUGUCAUCAAUUCUGCCAAUUAUGUGUACUUCCUUGGCCUAGAGAAAGUCUUAACCCUUGAUCACCCAGAUGCAGUGAAGAUUUUCACCUGCCAGCUGUUGGAGCUGCAUCAAGGACAAGGCCUGGACAUUUACUGGAGGGACCAUUACAUUUGUCCCACGGAAGAGGACUAUAAGGCUAUGGUCCUGAAGAAAACGGGUGGACUGUUUGGAUUAGCAGUAGGGCUCAUGCAGCUCUUCUCUGACUACAAAGAAGACUUAAAGCCACUGCUUAACACACUCGGGCUCUUCUUCCAAAUCAGAGAUGACUACGCUAACCUGCACUCCAAAGAAUACAGCGAGAACAAAAGCUUCUGUGAAGACCUCACAGAGGGAAAGUUCUCGUUCCCGACUAUCCAUGCCAUCUGGUCAAGGCCAGAAAGCAGCCAGGUGCAGAACAUCCUGCGACAGAGAACAGAAAACAUAGAUAUUAAGAAAUACUGUGUACAUUACCUUGAGGAUGUAGGUUCUUUUGAAUACACUCGGAACACUCUUAAAGAACUUGAAUCUAAAGCCUAUGAGCAAAUUGAGGCCUGUGGUGGGAACCCCGACCUAGUGGCUCUAGUAAAGCAUUUAAGUCAGAUGUUCAGAGAAGAAAAUCAGUGAAUUAUAGUAGCUAUUUUUUAUUGGGCCUAAUAGCUUUGUUCAUCAUUUGGAUUAGUUGUCUUUUAGCCUGUUAACCUUUUCAAGCUAUUAGUUUCCAAAAACUGAGUAGAUAGAUGAUGUGAGUGAUGUUGUAUCAAUGCUGAAAUGCCCCCAUGCAUAAAACACAAAUUGAGAGAAAGGGAGCCACAUUUAUAUAGGCCAUGUGUGACCAGCACAAGCUGCUGUGGCAGGACACUGCCUGGCUCUGCCUAAGUGCACCAGUGUCCUGACUUUGUCAAUAAAAAUGACUAUGUUCCAGCACCGUGAACGGGUGCUGCACCGCG